UGGAUGACUACUGUUGCUCUUAGCACUGGAUAAAUAGUGAAUUAAAUGUCUAAACUGAUGUUUAUUUCAUAGUAUUACAUUUGAAUGAGAGAUGUUGGCCGAAGUUCCAGGGAACCCUCUAAGCUCUGGCCUCCUCUGGACAGCCACCCGGGGUAAAGAUGAAAAGGGCCCAGCCCUAAACCUGCAGCGGUCAAGGGAUGCCCAGAGGAAGAUGUCCUCGCAGCGUUGCUGCUUCCUAGGGGUAGAGACCUGUGCAGAGCUGAAGUGGGAGGACUGGGAGCUGGGAGGGGAGUUCACUAAGACCCUGCUGCUGAAGAACAUCCAUAGUAAACUACAGAAACUACGUUUCAGUAUCUUCCCUUGCCAGGCCUCCUGCGUAAAGUUCUUCACCACCUUGUUUCCUCAGAUCAUCACUCUGAGUCCUGCCUCCUUUUCUCUUCCUGUUACAUUCCGCCCCCUUGACAGGGUAAUAACCGUAGACUUUAAAACCAGUUACAUUCCGCCCUUGACAGGUAAGCUGCGACAGGUUUUCCAGUGGGAGGUGCCCUCUCCCUUCCGGCUGUGUCCAGAGAGCGGGAUGCUAGAGCCGGGUCAGGAGUGUAGAGUCACGGUGCUCUUCAGACCGGAGGCGUUGGUCUACCAGGUCCAGGCUAGCUGUGCCUUCGGGGACGAGGGAGAGAACAGCUGUACUGUGCUCCUACAGGGCCUAUUACCCGUUCUUCAGAUCAGUGCCACGGGUCAGGAGGAAGGAUGUAAGGUGCUGGAGUUUGACAAUGUGCCUGUCGGCUGCACCAUGGAAAGACACUUUGAGAUUCUCAAUCCAUCCUCAAUAACGACUUCCUUUAGUCUGUCCAGGAUGCAGCGUCCGGGGUCAGAGUCAGUGUUCCAGUGUGGUAUCCAGAAGGGAGAGGUGGCCCCGCGUACCUCCAUCAGGGUACCUGUGAUUUUCUCUCCUGUAACUGUGGACAGCACCACUGUGGACUACCUGUCUCUCACCUGCCCUGGGGCGCUCAACAAAACCCUGCUCAAAGUCACCGGCACCUGCAUAGGUCCUCAGGUGUCCCUGUCCUCUUCCAUGCUGGACUUUGGCUGUGUGGCUGAGGGUGAGGAGGCCUUGCGUACCGUGGACAUCAUCAACUCCUCCUCUGUGGAGGCCCAGUACCAGUUUGACUUGGACACCACAGGGCAUAGUGUCUUCACCUUGGAGCCGGCCUGUGGUGCCCUGCCACCCAACAGCCACCGGAGCCUACGCCUGCUCUUCAGACCACACCACCCCAUGGGACACCACAGGAGGGUGGUCUGUCUGCUGCUACACAGGGAGCCUCUGUUCCUGGACCUGAUAGGAACCUGUCACUCUGAGCAGCUGAAACCAGCCAUCCUUCACCCCAGACACCUGGUCCUGUACCGGCAGCACCUGGCCCGUGGACUCACCUGCUACCCUCCUGAUGUACUCGGUGCCAUGCUGGCAGAGGACAAGAUCCAGGUGGACCAGGAGGGAGCUCUGAUGUUACAAGAGGAUCCUGCUGCUGUGCCAGAGAAGAGCCCUAUGGAGGAAUAUUACCAGGGCUGUGCAGGGGGCAAGGUGGAGGCUGAGCUAGGAGGCAGUGGUGAGGGGUCCAGCACCAACAUUUCCCACAUCACAGUGGAUCCCCCAGAGCUGCUGUUCCACAAUGGCUCCCUCUCUACCUCCCAGUCUGUGACUCUCUCCAAUCACACCAAGGGCAAGCUCAGCUUGGUCUGGACUCCGGCUCCUAACUCCCCCUUCUCCGUCACACCCUCGUUAUGUGAUCUGGGACCCCUGAAGUCGACUGCUUUCAGAGUCAGCUACACGCCCAGGCAGCACAACACCUUCCAUGGGGCACAGCUAGAGUGCUUCGCUCUCUACAAGGUGUUGAGGGACCAUCGGCAGGUAGAGGACCGUACCCUGUGCCCUCCCUGGUGUGUCACAGUCCGGGUCAUUGGACACUCCUUCCAGCCUGGCCGGGAGCACUUCAUCCCCCGCUUCUCCCUGCAGCGCCCCCGAGUGGUCUUCCCUGCUCUGAGCCUGGUCUCGUACAGGACUGUGCUCCUGGAGAACAUAGGAGACUUACCAUUGGUGUUCAGGCUGGACCCAGAGGAGUGUCCUUCAGUCACUGUUCAGCCCACCAGUGGCCUGGUCCAACCUGGACAACACCAGAUUCUCACCCUCAGGACCACCCCAGCAGAGGACUGCCCUGCCAAGCUACCCCUCACCCUGCACUUCAAUGCCAGCCCCAAGCACACCCAGGAGCUGUCGGUGGUCAGUGUGGUAGAGAAGCUGUGUGUGUCUCUGGAAGGAGGAGGUAGUCUGUUCUUCAAACCCACGGCGGUGGGCUCCUGCUCCCAAAGCCCCUACACCGUCAGGAACCUGACCAGGUUACCUCUGAGGUUCCACUGGAGGAUCCCUGGUCCUGACCGACGUGUCAUCUCUGUGGCGCCUGACACGGGAGUCCUGCAGCCCAAUGAGGCCAUGGUGCAGACGUGGUCCUUCACCCAUUUGAGGAAAUUGGUUUACAAUCUGAAGCAACUUGACCUUUGGCCACUCCAGACGCCCGUGUGGCAGGAAGUCCGCCUCCCCCUGAAGUUGCAGAGCAUGGCGUGUGGACUGGGGGAGGUGUUGGUGGGAGACUGCAGGUCCUUCGAGAGUUGGUAUAAACCUGAGGUCUCAGAGUUGGUACGACACCCUGAGGUUCACGGUUGGUACGAACCCGAGGUUCUCACAGGUCGGUACGACACCCCUGAGGUUCAAGAGUCGGGUACGAACCCUGAGGUGCACAGAGUCGCCCUGGAGCUGGACUCUGUGAGAGGCACCAUCCCAGCUCGCUCCAGGCUGCUGAUCCGCUCCACUGUGAGGCCUGCCAGGAGGACCAGAUACUGCUGGGACCUCACCUACCAGACACUCAGCUCUGCAGGCUCUGUGUUGGAUGUCCCCCAGCCUCUGUGCCAGGUGCAGGGUGAAGGGGUGUUCCCCACCCUGGAGGUGACAGAUGUACGUUGCAGCGGCAGCGUGGAGGGACUCAGCAAGCUGCAGAUCUGGAGCCUCUUUUCUCUGGGCCAUCUCAACGCCCACCUGCAGAGAGACCCCGCCCCGCCGGAGCUCACCUACCGGGUGCCCACCAGACACAGUCUGCGUCGCUGUCCCUCCAUCUUCACGUCGGCCAUGUUGGAUUUCAACUUCAGUGCUGCUCCUCUGGGCUCAGAACCCUCCAGUGUGCUGCUGAUGUUUGAGAACACUGGGAGCAUCCCUGUCGAGUGGUCGUUCCUGUUCCCAGAAGACCAGCAGAUAGAGCUUGAGUACUGGGCUGAGACUGGGGAGUUCAGUACUACAGAGCUCCACCAUAUGAAGGUGCAGGACAACAGGCUGUUUAAUAUAGCACCCCGCUCUGGUAAACUACAUCCAGGACAGCAGAAGGCAGUGACAUUUAGCUACAGACAUGACUUUGCUGGUACUGACCGUCUCCCAGUCCUGUUCAAGCUAUCUCACGGCAGAGAGAUUCUGUUGAACUUCAUGGGAGUGACGGUGGAGAGAGACAGGUACUACCUCCACUUCACCUCCACCAAGCACGUCUUUGCCCCCGUGGCAAUCGGGGGGUUCAAUCCACCUAAACAGGUGUAUGAGCUGUACAACGGAGGGGCUGUCCCUCUGAGGUACCGUGUGGACACAGAGCCCCUUGAGCAGCUGACGGCUGAUAACUUUGGUCACCCCGUGCUGCAGUGUCUCAACCCCCAGGGAGAGGUGAAGCCUGGCAGGACAGCCCUGCUGGAGUGGGUCCUCUCCCCCCUGGAGGCCAAGACUUACAGUGUGGACAUCUCUAUCCAUGUGCUGGAGGGAGACACUAUGCUGUUGACGUUUGAAGGCUUGGGGUUUGAUAACAGUGUGCUGGGACAGUCGGCACAGUACAGCUUCAUGUGCCUACAUGUCUGUCCCCAGCACACAGAGGAUGGCCCUGCCCAACCAGUGAGUGGCCCAUCUACCUAUUCCCAUAUAGUCUUACCUUGGUCCUGUUGGGCCUCAGUUGGUAAAGCGUGUCUCUUGCAAUGACAGGAUAGUUGCUCGAUUUUCCCAAGAACCACCUGCAUGACUAAGUCUCUGCUUAAUGG